CGACCAGUCCAGUCCAGUCGUCUCCCCCAUCUCCGCUCCACCCCAAUUUUCGACCCGUCUCGCCCCUUUGCCCCCCGGUCUCCCCGCCGCCUGCGCGAGGCGAUCGCCGGCGCAGGAUGGCGGCGGCUGCUGCAGCGGCGCCGGUGGGCGCAGCGCCCAGGGUGGGGCUGCUGUACGACGAUAGGAUGUGCGCGCACGCCACGCCUGACGGGGAGAAGCACCCGGAGAACCCCGAGCGGCUGCGCGCGAUCCGGCGCAAGCUCGACGCCGAGGGCGUCGCGUCCAGGUGCGUGGACAUGAAGGCAAAGGAGGCCAAGGAAAAAUAUAUAGCCUCUGUCCAUACCCCAAAUCAUAUAAAACUGAUAAGGGAUAUCAGCUCGAAGGAGUAUGAUUACCGUCGAAACAAGACUGCUAGGAAAUUCAAUUCCAUUUACUUCAACGAGGGCUCCUCAGAGUCUGCUUUCCUUGCAGCUGGUUCUGUCAUCGAGGUUGCUGAGAAGGUUGCGUCUGGUGAGUUGAGUUCUGCUAUCGCUCUAGUCAGACCUCCAGGCCACCAUGCUGAACAUAAUGAGCCAAUGGGAUUUUGUCUCUUCAACAACGUGGCUAUUGCAGCAAAUUAUCUCUUAAAUGAGAGGCCUGACCUAGGUAUCAACAAGAUAUUAAUCGUCGAUUGGGAUGUUCAUCAUGGAAAUGGCACACAGAAGAUGUUUUAUAGUGACCCUCGUGUAUUGUUCUUUUCAGUGCACAGAUUUGAUUACGGAAGCUUCUACCCUUGUGAAGGGGAUGCAUCUCACUGUUUAAUUGGGGAAGGAGCUGGUGAAGGGUACAACAUUAAUGUGCCCUGGGAGCAUGGUAAAUGUAGUGAUGCAGAUUAUGUUGCUGCAUGGGACCAUGUACUGCUUCCUAUUGCAGAAGCAUUUGAUCCUGAUAUAAUAUUACUGUCUGCUGGGUUUGACGCAGCAAUGGGUGAUCCUCUUGGUGGUUGCUGCAUCACUCCAGAUGGAUAUGCACUGCUACUAACAAAGCUGUUAGGUUUUGCAAAAGGAAGGAUUGUGAUGGCUCUUGAAGGAGGUUAUAACCUCAAGUCCAUAGCAAACUCAGUUUGUGCUUGCACAAAAGUUUUGUUGGGAGAUAACUUCACAUAUAACUCUCCACGGAUGCAACCAUUUGAAUCUACAUGGAGAGUCAUACAAAUGGUAAUGAUCUGCAAUGUACUGUUUCUUUGCAAUUCUAGCCUUCCCUUGAAUAAUUCCUCUUUCUUGUUUUCCCCUUUGGGGAAUGAACAGCCAUACGCAUCCUCUGGUUCUGAGUCUGAUGUUGAAGAUGUUAGUGAGCUUCCUGAUGCUACUUCAUCUGUCAAUGUUACUCAAGUUGUUGAUGAUGUUUUAAGUGAACACAUCACAAUGUUGAAACUUGACGAAGAUAACCUUGCGACGAAGAACACCUCAAGUGAUUCAGUUCAAGCCCAAGACGACGGACCUGUUGUGGCGGCUACAAGAAUAUAUGAUCUACUAUUUACUUGGAGAUCAGCAUUGUCAAAAGUUUAUGUUUGGUAUGCCAGCUUUGGUUCAAACAUGUGGAAACCAAGGUUCUUGUGCUACAUUGAAGGGGGGAAGGUUGAUGGUAUGAGUAUAUCAUGCUUUGGUUCACAUGACACAAGCCCACCAAGAGGUACCAUGUGGAAGACUGUGCCUCAUAGAUUGUUUUUUGGGAGAUCUUCUACCCCUUGCUGGGGUACCGGUGGUGUUGCUUUCCUCAACCCUGAGAUAAACUACAAUGAUGAGUCAUAUGUCUGCAUGUACAAAAUAACGCUUGAGCAGUUCAAUGAUGUAUUGUUUCAAGAGAACAGGUUAGUGAAGGAUAACAGCGAAGAUGGAAAACUUGAGUCUCCCAGCUCUCCUUUGAUUGGCUUGUCCGAAAUAGAGUCUGUCUCUUCAAACAAAGCUCUUCAUCUCGAACCUAUCAAGGAUAGCUGGUACUCCAAUGUACUUCACCUUGGAGAGGAGGACGGCCUUCCAAUCUUAACUAUGACAUGCCCCUCAACAGCUGUUGCGCAGCACAAAUCCGGUGAGCUGCCAUUAGCUCCUCCAUCUGAGACCUACUCAGCCACUCUGAUCAAGGGACUCGUGGAAGGGAAGCAGCUGGACACCCACGAGGCUGCCAACUACAUCUCCGGUGCUGCCGCAAGAAGCCUGUGAACUUGUGGAGGCUGCUUCGCCGUGUGUUCUGUACAGCCAGUGGGAAGGAAGGAAUGAAGGGAUUGUGCUUAGUAGGCAUGUAAAAAUGUAGUUUGAUUCGGAACCAGGGGAGCCGUAGAGGCCUCAUUUUGUGCCACCAUUGGAUCUGACUAUGUUCAUCAGUAGGAUCGUUUGGAGUUUGCGCUGGUUUGACGACUACUCAGAAUAUUAAAUGUAUGAACUAGUUUGAGUAGCACAGAACCCAACUUGGGACUGAGUUGCCCCUGCAGUUGUUUUUCCAGUGUUA